CCACCUGUGAUUGAUGUUAGUCUCAUAAAGGCUAACUUGGUAAGAGCUGAGCCUAUGGGAAGUGAAUGAUAAUGAAGGAAGGAUUUGUCAUUUGUUCGUAGCGGUGACAAUACUGUCGCUAAUAUUCUUGCUAAGAGGGGGAUGUUGUUUCCUUCCUUUGUAUGGGUUGAGGAUGUUCUCCCAGAUGCUCUUGUUAACGUUCCCCUACCAAUCUGGGCUCAUCUGGCAUCAUGGAAAUAUCUGCAACUUUACCAUUACUGGUGUUAUUAACUUUUCUGCAAAACACUGGAUUGGUGAUCAAAGCUUUGCCAUUCAGCAUGAUCAGUUCUACCAAGUACAGGUUACCUGAUCAACAGCCUUAUCGAACUUCCUAUCACUUUCAGCCCCCACAGAAUUGGAUGAACGAUCCCAAUGGGCCAAUGUAUUAUAAAGGUGUUUACCACCUUUUUUACCAAUACAACCCUUAUGCAGCUACCUUUGGUGACAUCAUGGUAUGGGCUCACUCAGUGUCCUAUGAUCUCAUCAACUGGAUUCACCUGAACAAUGCUAUUGAGCCAAGUGAGCCAUAUGACAUUAAUAGCUGCUGGUCUGGCUCAGCCACAAUCCUCCCAGAUGAAAAGCCUGUGAUCUUGUACACUGGAAUUGCUGAGAACAAGUAUCAAGUUCAGAAUUUGGCUAUGCCAAAGAAUCUCUCAGACCCUUUCUUAAGGGAGUGGAUCAAACACAGCCAAAAUCCUGUAAUAACUCCACCUAGUGGUGCUGAAGUGGACAAUUUCAGAGACCCUUCAACUGCUUGGAAGGGAAGUGAUGGGAAAUGGAGAGUGGUCAUAGGUGCUCAAAAGGGUGAUGAAGGGAAAGCAAUUGUGUACAAAAGUGAGGAUUUUUUUAAUUGGAAAUUAGAUGCUGAUCCUUUUUAUGCAUCAGAGAAUACUGGAGUGGUUGAAUGUCCAGAUUUCUUUCCAGUGUCAAUUAAUGGCACAAAUGGGGUCGAUACAUCUGUCGAAAAUCCGAGUGUUAGGCAUGUCAUGAAGGUAGGAUAUCUAAGAAGACAGCAUGAUUACUAUUUUCUUGGUAAAUAUCUCUCUGAUAAGGAAAUUUUUGUUGCUGAUAAUAACUUCACCGGAACUAUUUUGGACUUAAGAUAUGACUACGGUAAAUUUUAUGCUUCCAAGUCAUUUUUCGACUAUCCCAAGAAGAGGAGGAUAUUGUGGGGUUGGGUAAAUGAAUCAGACACUGAGCAAGAUGAUAUUGAGAAAGGAUGGGCUGGUAUACAGGCCAUUCCAAGACAAGUUUGGCUUGAUAAUAAAAGUGGGAAGCAAUUGAUGCAGUGGCCAAUUGAAGAAGUAGAAAAACUAAGGGGCAAGAAAAUAAGUAUUCAUGGAGAGAAACUCUUAAGUGGAUCAAUUAUUGAAGUUUCAGGUAUCACUGCUUCACAGGCUGACGUAGAGAUAGUGUUUGAGGUACCUGAAUUAGAAAAUGUGGAGUCAUUAGAUGCCAAAAGGGUUGAUCCUCAAUUACUGUGUAGUGAAGAGAGUGCAUCAAAAAGUGGCAAACUAGGGCCGUUUGGUUUAUCUGCAUUAGCUUCGGAAGACCAAAGAGAGCAAACUGCAGUCUUCUUUCGAAUAUAUAAAUCUUCCAACAAAUAUUUAGGCCUAAUGUGCAGUGACCAGAGCAGGUCUUCACUGCGGAAGGACCUUGAUAAAACGACAUAUGGAAGUUUCUUUGAAUUUGAUCCCAAUCUCAAAAGAAUCUCACUAAGAAGCUUGAUUGAUCACUCUAUUAUUGAGAGUUUUGGGGAGGGAGGGAGAGUUUGUAUCACCAGUAGAGUCUAUCCAUUGUUAGCUAUUGGCAAAGAAGCUCAUCUUUAUGUAUUUAACAAUGGAACUCAGAGUGUCCAAAUCUCAAAUCUAAAUGCUUGGUGCAUGAAGGAAGCAGAGGUUGGCUAUCAGAAAAAUGUACGCUAUGUAGAAUGUAGCUAAGCGGGAUAAGGACAGCAAACUUUAUUAAAAGUGAUUGGAACCGAAUCAAAUUUUUACUGUUCUUUUUUAUUCGAUCCAUUGGUGUGGCAUCUUGGCAGGGAAUUUAUUGUAAGAAAACUGAAUUGGUGAUCUUCUCAUUAAUCUGAAUAGGUAUAUAUACAAAACUAAGUCAAAACAUUUCUAAUA